GGAAACAAUUGCGUCUCGAUAAGCAAAGAUAAUUCUCCAGAAAAAAUGCCGGCGCCUCUUGGACAUGAAGAGUUCUUCAACUCCCUCACAACUCUCCUCACAAAUACCUCCCAAAAGACUAAGGGCUCGGUUUACCUAACCCAGAAACCGCUGUUGAACUCUUCAUCCUCAGACACCGACAAACUAAACCAACCGUCAAUCCUGAUCCGCGCGUCAGACGGGAACACAAACUCCAAAAAUCCAAAGACGCACCCUGAGGUCAAAGACAAGAAGAAAAGCAAAUCGAAGCUCUCGACAGUUGUUCAACAAAGCGAGCUCGAGACGUUCUAUGCGCGAUAUGCGGAGGUCUGUAAAGCAGGGAUGACAGGGCUUAAAAAGCGAGAUCGGAAGUUGAAGAAGGCAAAAGCCAAGGGUGGUGCAGGGAAGGUUGUGAAGGGUUGAUUUUGUUUUUUUUACGAGAGGGAAUCUGUCAGAACUGCAUUCAUGGCGUUUGGGACUGUUUCUUUUCCUUUUUUUUUUUUUUUU